CGUGUCGCGUAAUUUGAUUGGACAGAGACAAGUCAGCGAUCGGAAAGAAAUAUGUCGGCGUAUUAGAGGAACGGAGCCCGUUAUUGUGCAAGAAAUUGGACUUCUCAACGAUCUAAAUUCAGCAAGAUUCAUUUUAGAUUCGUCCACCAUAAUCGUGAAGUAUGGCUUCGCAUUUAGGUGGAAAACCGGAGUACAUAGUUGGUGGCAAAUAUCGUUUAGUUCGUAAAAUCGGUAGUGGCUCCUUUGGUGAUAUAUACUUGGGUAUUAACAUUACAAAUGGAGAGGAAGUAGCAGUUAAACUUGAAGCCAUUAGGGCAAGACACCCUCAACUCCUAUAUGAGAGCAAACUCUACAGGAUUCUUCAUGGAGGCAUAGGAAUUCCACACAUCAGAUACUAUGGCCAGGAAAAAGACCACAACGUCCUCGUCAUGGAUCUGUUGGGACCAUCUCUCGAAGAUCUGUUCAAUUUCUGCUCGCGCCGUUUUACCAUCAAAACAGUCCUCAUGCUCGCCGACCAGAUGAUAGGCCGUAUAGAAUAUGUACAUUGCAAGUCGUUUAUCCAUCGAGACAUUAAGCCGGACAAUUUUCUAAUGGGCAUCGGGCGUCAUUGCAAUAAACUAUUUCUAAUCGACUUUGGUCUGGCCAAGAAGUAUCGAGAUUCCCGCACGCGCCAGCACAUUCUCUACAGGGAAGAUAAAAACUUGACUGGAACUGCCAGGUACGCAUCGAUUAAUGCUCAUUUGGGUAUCGAACAGUCAAGACGAGACGACAUGGAAUCAUUGGGAUAUGUACUGAUGUACUUCAAUCGCGGUUGUUUGCCUUGGCAAGGUCUGAAAGCAGCUACAAAAAAACAAAAAUACGAAAAGAUUAGCGAGAAAAAGAUGUCAACUCCAGUAGAAGUACUUUGCAAAGGUUUUCCAGCGGAAUUUUCGAUGUACCUAAAUUAUUGCCGUGGAUUACGCUUUGAAGAACCGCCCGACUACAUGUAUCUGCGCCAACUGUUCCGCAUUCUAUUCCGCACUUUGAAUCAUCAAUAUGAUUACACUUUCGACUGGACCCUGCUGAAACAGAAGACUGGAGUUCCUCUUGUCGGGCCAAUGGUUUCAAUGCCAGUACCGCCAACUUCUGCUGCGGUUGCGGCUCAACCGACAACGGUGAGUCGUGACAAAAAAGACGACGAUAAGAUCAAGCAAAAUUCUGCUAAAGGUACCUACAGCUAAAGCAAUUUACAUUGUACUUAAAAGCAAUCGUUAAUACAAGAAACGCCGUGUCGUACCAACGCAUCGACUGGGCAAACGCCAACCAUCCACGUUGGUUAAAGGAUCUCGUUUUUGGUUUCACUAUGAUAAUUCGUUUGCGAUCAUACCUUUGUUGAUAUGCAUUCUUCAUAUUAUGCAACGCUGUACAAAACCCGUUCAUUCAGCGGUUGUUCGUGCCCUCUUCAAUCGAAUGAUCAAAGUGCGGAUCCUGCCACGUUUAUUGUAAAAAAUAAAUUCUUAGAAGUUAUUAGUUACUAAACGGUUUCUUUUCGUUGUAAGUGAGCAUACAUUACAAUACAUUUUUUAAUUUUGAUAGUUUUUGGGGUAGUGGAGAUUUGCAAAGUUGAACAAUUAUGCAUAAGGUGUGUCUGUAUCGGUAAAAACAUUACAUCACUCCCAAUUUUUCAAAAUGUUUUCGUCCCGGAGUUAACAAAAAUAUGUGUGAAAGAGAGCGAGAACUGUGAGUGUGACUGCAAAUCGGGCUGUCUUUAUUUAAUUAGUAUAACAACCACUUCUAUUCCUUACGCUUUAAGCGUAAGUUAUUUUGACAACAUGCUUCAAACUUAAGAUUAACAUUAACUAACGAUUGUAUCGUCACAGGUCCAGCUUCAAAGUUCGAACGGUUGAAACGCGAAUCGCUGGGACUGGUUAAACAUUGUUAUUCUUUUCGUGUUUUAUAUUUUUUUGGUAUACACGGUACUUUAGAUGUGCAUAUUCAAUUUCCACAUUAAGAUUCCAUUGUUAAUUUAACAGAGGAGUUCCUCCAGAUGGAAAAAACUUGUCUCAUUUAUAGUGCGAUGCGAUUUUCUAGACCAGUCCUGGUCUACCUAAACACUGUUCGAGUUCGCCGUUUAGCCUGCUAUUACAAUUAAAUAGAGCAUUAAACGGCAACUUGCCAUGUAUAAAAUCCGAAUGCUAAUGGGCGUCUUAAAUUCAUCAUAGUAACAAAAAGUUCAAUCAAGAACCAUUCUUAUAUUGUAUUACUGCAAACGAUAUGCGUUGACUCAUAUCGUAAUGAUAUUUGUGAAUGCAUAUAACUGGACGAAAUCCUGUGACUGUAAUUUUUUUUUAUCAUUAAACAUAAGCCCUACGAUGUGUAUUCUUAAGUUUAGUUAUAGAAAUUUUUAAUUACGAAAAAACCACAGUGUGAUUCACCUAACUUGCUUUGUGGGUGAUUGAAAGCUAUUAAACCAGACAGAUGGUGUUUUUUUCGUAGAGGUAAAGAACGUAUUUUUCUUAUCCGCGUCGGUGGUUAAGUUCAACCACGAAAAUAACAGUAAUGAUCUGUGGAAACUAGUUAAUAGGCCAACAUGUGUAAACUGCUAUAGGUUCUUACGAUUGUUAUUCUUUUCCUGUGUACUGUUAAGUUCUCAUUUAAUCUUAAUAAUCCAAUAUACUUUAUUUCUAUACCUUAGGGUUCAGUUAUUUUUAAGUUUUGUAACGAACAGUGACACUGUUGGAGUUAUUGCAGGAGUAAAACUUUAAAAUUCAA